CCCCUUCUCCCUCCCUCCACCCGGCCGCCGGCCCGUCUCCCUUCAGUCAGAGCUAGGAUGGCGCAGGCGUCGGCUGUCCCCUUUGUGCUGCUGCUCAUGCUGGGUGCCUCCGCGGCGAUGCCGGGGGGCGCCCGGGAGGUGGACGUGCGGAGCGGCCAGGCCCGCGAAGCGGCUCGCUUCGCCUUGGCCGAGACUUUCCAGAGCGACAAGGCGGGCUCCGGAGGUGGCGGUCGCCUUUGGACGCUGCGCUCAGCCCAGACGCAGGUGGUGAAUGGAAUCAAGUACUACCUGGAUGUGACUCUGCUGCAGAGCAGUCAGUGCAGUGGGAAGCAGGCUGUGGGGCAAGAUGCUCCUAGUUGCCUCACUCCAGAAGAGCCGGAGCAAACGUCAUGUCACUUUGAGGUCUGGAGUCAGCCCUGGGCAAACAGGAAGAGGCUGGUGAAGCAAGAGUGUCGCCUGGCUGAGCCAUCGGAGGUAGUCCAUGCAGCAAAACUGGGGGAGUGGGAAGUGUUCCGUCUGAAGGCACCUGCCAAGGAAGUCGAGGAGUUAGCCCAGGAAGAGAGGUUUCUGCAGAAUGCCUCCAACCACCUGGUGCCCCUCUUCAAGGAGUUCUUGACAACUUAUGAGAAGAGCUACAAGGACAAGCAAGAGACUGAGAGGCGUUUCCGCAUCUUUGCAGAGAAUCUGGAGAAGGCCCGGCUAAUUCAGGAACUGGAUCAGGGCACGGCAGAAUAUGGUGUCACCAAAUUCAGUGAUCUGACAGAGGAGGAGUUCCGCUCCACGUACUUGAACCCACUGCUUUCCCAGCUGCCUGGUCGGCCCAUGAAACCAGCCACCAUCCCUAAAGAUCCACCCCCUGAUGCAUGGGACUGGCGGGACCACGGGGCUGUCACGGGUGUCAAGAACCAGGGUUACUGUGGCUCCUGCUGGGCCUUCUCUGUGACAGGCAACGUGGAAGGGCAGUGGUUCCUCCGCAAUGGCACUUUGGUUUCCCUCUCUGAGCAAGAGCUGCUGGACUGUGACUCCGUAGACAAAGCCUGCGGAGGAGGACUUCCAUCCACGGCCUACGAGGCCAUCGAAGGGCUGGGCGGCCUGGAGACAGAGCGCGAUUACAGUUAUGAGGGGUUCGAGCAGAAGUGCGGCUUCUCCAAGGAUAAGGUGGCCGUCUACAUCAAUAGCUCCGUAUCAAUAUCCCGGGAUGAGACAGAGAUCGCUGCCUGGCUGGCUAAGAACGGCCCUAUUUCCAUUGCUCUGAACGCCUUUGCCAUGCAGUUCUACAGGAGGGGAGUUUCCCACCCCUUCUUCCUGCUCUGCAACCCCUGGAUGAUUGACCACGCAGUCCUCUUGGUGGGCUACGGCACACGGGGCCGUACUCCAUUCUGGGCGAUCAAGAACAGUUGGGGAGAGAACUGGGGAGAGAAGGGCUACUACUACCUGUAUCGUGGCAGCCAUGCCUGUGGCAUGAACUCAAUGUGCAGUUCUGCAGUGAUAGAGUAAGCCUCUCGGGCCCCUUGACUGCCUCCGGUCCAAAUCAUCAACUUGCUGGCUUUCCACCCAGCACCAAGAUGAAGAUCGGAGCACCUUCCCUGUACAUUAUACUGACCCUGUUUACCCAUUUCCCUCUCCAAAUAGCCCUGGUUAGGCCUAGUGCAUAACUAAGAAGAUCUGGCCCCUGCUCCUGCCUGCUGCUAUGAACGGUAGAGACUGGAGGUAGCAUGUCCUAGGAUAGGACCCUUAACCUUGCUGAGAUCCUUCAACCAGGCCAGGAUUGGUGCUGGUGUGUGUUUAAAGGAUGCUUCCCUUUCCAGUAGGAGCAGAUUCCUUCCCCCGACUCUCAGUGAAGGGGUACUUGGUGCCUGGGCAGAUGCACAGAGGAUGGUGAAGGGGACUUGCUCUUCUGAAAUGGUUAGGUCAUCAGCUGCUCCUCGCUGUGAGCCUCCUCUUUUACCUUGGUCAAUCCUGAGCUGCUUUUUGGAAGGCAGACUGGGAAUUGGGGCCGGGGAGGAAGGGGCAGUGAUCUAACUACCAGCUCCCAUCCCAACUCCCUCUGCAAAAAGCAGAGCUCCUUACUGUUUUCUAACCAUAGGCCUCUUAAGUUUGGGCCAUAGCUCAGUAGAAGAGCAUCCACUUUGCACACAGAAGGUCCCAAACAGUUAUAGAAUCUCAUACAGUCCUGGGAUUGUAGAGUUGGAAGGGGACCCAAAGAGUCAUCUAGUCCAACCCUCCAAUCCUCAGGAGGCAGGGCUAGGGAAGGCCCCCCUCAAGUUGAAGAGCUGCUGUGCUAGAUGGACAGCAGACAGUCUGACUUGGUCUAAGGCCAGCUUCCUGUCUCCAUACAACUUGGGGAACCAGCUUGCAUUUAAGACAAGAUGUUCCAAGGAGCUUCACAACUCACUCAAGCCCGCUUAAAUAAGUGCAGGUGAAUUUUCCCUUUUUUGUGGAGAUGAGGGGAGCACAUUUAACACCCUUAUUUCCCAGUUAGUCCGGGGCUUCUUUCUUUUGCACUCUCCAAGUCUUCCCGCUCCCCUUAGGGAUUGUAGCACUGAUAAAUGCCCUCCCAAAAAAUGGGGUACCCUUGUUUCCGUUAGCUCAAGUCUUCCUCUGCUUCUGGAAGACUUGACGUGGUGGAGCCGCAGCCUUGCAGGACAGUCUUGCCUGUGGCUGGGCGGCUCCGCUAGCCUGUAGGAAAAAGUAACCAUUCCAGUAUUGGUCAGCUUUUGCACUUAGAUGCCAUGAAAUCUUUCUCCCUGCACCCACUACAAAAAAAGAGGUCAAACCCAGCCCACAUUUUUUUUUUAGAUUUAGCUGCUCUGUAUUAAUGUUUGCUGCUAGAAUGGAAAUAUUGGUGGAAGGUUUUGAAGGCAAUGCUGAGAGAUAAUCCCUAGCUUGGUCAGUCCUAAGCACCACCCAAACCUUCUCCUCCAAGGAAUCCUACUUGAGCACUCCCCACCCCCCAGCCCCGUUGCACUGAGGGCUUUUGGGGAGUGGAAGGCAUAACUAGCACUUGCAAAAUGGCUGCUAUAGAAAGUGUUUUUCCUUUGAUUGUUGCUCUGAACACCCCACCCCCACCCUGAAAAAGCUGUUUCCCCUUCAGGGACUUCUAAUCUCAGCCAGAAUGGCCUGAAAGUGGCUGCAAAAAAAAGUGUUUCUGGAAGACGCAGCUGCUCAGGUGGCUGUGCCUUCUGUCUGUUACUUUAAAGACGCAGCCUUUGGUUGUUUCUGUAAUUUCCACAUUAAUAAAUACUGAUGGACU